AUUUUAGCCAAAGAGCUGCUUUCACUUUAGCCAUUACUACUAGUUUCGCACAACACUUGCUUUUUCAUUUAUUUAUUUAUUUCCCUUUCCCAACUGUGUACGUACCUCGGCAGCCACGGAGUUCGGGUCGGUAAGUAAGCCGUAAAAAUUUCUCUCUUGUUCUUCUCUCUCACUACCAUCUACUAGCUAGCUGCUAGCUACCAAGGGAUCAAGCCAGCAUGCCAGGUACGACGCACACACACACAAAAACCUUCUUCCCUCUUCCUGCAGGGUUUUCUUCAAAAAAAGCGAGCGAGCGGCGUUUCUCCAGCAACAAACGAAGCCAAUUGCUUCUAGAGCGAUUAGUCUACCUAGUUCGCAUCCCAUUCCUUCCUAAGACUUUUCCUCGUCUCCGACCGGGAAGCUUGUUCCUAGCGACGACGACCUCGACCACGACGCUGCUGCCGGCAAAUGCUCUGCAGGGCGAGACCAGUAUGCAGGUCGCUGCACGAAGACGGAGCCACAACCAAACCAACCAACCUAGCACGCCGUAGUAAUCCGUAUCUAGACUACUUACUAGUCUAGAUAGAUACAAGUCCAGUCCAGUCC